GCGCUUCGCCACCAUUUCGCUGCGUAAAGUCUCCUCCCCGCGACCGCUACAUUCUGCGCCGAAACCCAGUCUCUCCCGCUCCGGAUUUUAACUUCUUCCCACAGUCCUAGGUGUACCUCGUUGGGUACCGAGAGCCAGUUUGGACUGCCGGCAUCACGGAUUGAGUACGAUUUUGCGCGGAUGACGACUCCUUCAGCGAGAAUUUAGUAAAAGAAAAUCAGUCGGAAAUUUCAGAACAUGUGGAAGGGAGCCUAAUUUCAGCAUCCUGGAAGUAGAAAGCACAGAAGACCUGUGUCUCACACCACAGACAGGGGCAGUGUGUGGUCGGAGCAGCUCAGAGGAAAGAAGAUCUGGAGAGGAGGCGGAGCGGCAGCUCGCCUCCCCGGCUGUGGAUGUGCUGGGUGCCAACCCCCAGGCUGCACAGAAUGUGGCUGGGGAGUCGCCGCGGCAUGCCCCGCAGCCGGUCGCAGCUGCCCACCGCCUGGUCCCUCCGUUCACAAAUCCGUCCGCAGUGCCAUUGUCGGACUGCAGCAACUCCACGUACCCCAGCAUGGAGAACGCACCCACGAACACUUUGCCUGGGACUCUCCCAAGCAGCAACGUUAAGGCCAUCAUUUCACAGGAGGUCCUUUCUGAGGAGGCCGCGUCUGGGACACAAAGACUUCCCACUCCCACUCAUCCUCCUCUCACAUCACAGAUUAACAGCACAGUGGAAGAGCAUCAAUACGGGUCACAAACUAUUAAAGAAAAAAGCCUCACAAAUAGUCAGGAAUACCAGAUCCAGCCACCUCAACAAGGUCCUGGGGCUGUGGUUGUUACAGAGUUCAAAUCAGAGACUGGAACAAAUGUGGAAAUUACCGGAGAAAAUAUUCUCCUGCAACCCCAAUCUCAAAUCUGUUUCACAGUCGCUUCCUCUGCUGGUUCCCAGUCAAGUGUUGGAUUUAAAGUCCAGGAGCUGCCGGUUCACACAGUUCCUCACAGCCACAAAACUCUGUCAGGGGUUGCAGAGUCAGUGGGAAGUGGACAGGACUCAAAAUCUCAACUCCAAACUAAACAAACUGACCUAUCGGAAACAAAACCUAGAGCAGUCGGAGAGAUUUCACACGAUGCAGUGGAGACGAGGAAAACAAACUCUCUGGAUUCAGUCAAGACAUUUCUCCACUCUGAAACACAACCUCAUCUUUUGUCAAAGGCCGGACAAUCCGCACCUGGAAGAGAAACCUCAGUGUCCUUCUGUGUCGCCCCGGAAGCGGCUCCACAGAACAUGGGGGAUGAACCGACUGACGCCACCGCCAACAUGCUGCCAGAGUUCUCCUCUUUGAAGGAGAGUUCCUCGACUCCCCCUGCAGGGUCAUCGCUGCCUGACACAAGUCUAGUGGUCUCGCUGCAGGCAGGAACGCCUCAUACCUCAGAUCAAGUCCCCUCAACCGAGACGUCCCUGAUCGCUGAGAUUCUGCGCUCCAGCGAGGCUCAAGAAAUUGUGGUUGUCAGGGACAGUGGUGACUGGUCCAAUGUGCACCUGAAUCAGAAUUACCUCCUGCAGCGGGAAGACGGCACCGUCUGUCAGGCCGCCAUCGUCAACCAGCUUUCAGCGGGGGAACCGAAGUUGUAUGAAGAUGACAUCCAGGCUGGGGUGGAGCUCCACUCCCAGCCGGUGGAGGUGUACGAGUUCUGCAGUCUGGUGGAGGAGGUCGCCGAGGAAACCAUCUGCGUUGGAGGUGGCGGGCAGAUACCUCACUCGCCAGGAUACGAGGUGAACCUGUUCAACGCGCUACUGGAAAAUGCAGAAGAGGACCUCGAGCCUUCUAUUCACACAGUUGCGCAAGCCGACACCAUCAUCAUCUCCCAGGAGGCGCUGGCAUCGCCUAGUGAUGAUGCUCAUAACCCAAUGGGACAGCAUUUAGUGCUAAAAUCUAACCAAACUGUAGAAGUGGCACACACAAGCAAGGUCUGCUUAGUUCAAGUAGCUGCUGUUACAUCUGACUCGUUCGCCAUUGAGGAGGCCGACGUCACUACGCAAACUGGGACGCAUUGUUCACAGACCAGUUCGGCAGACGUGGGUUUAACGCAGAUGAGCGAUUCCGCAGCAGUUCAAACAGUUUCACCGCAACAGGAAGCGCUUCUAUCGUCAGUAGGUCCAAGCGGGGAACCAGAAAUGUCCUCUGCUGUUUCGGUGCAUGUUUCCAGCACUACAAGUCAGACCCCAGGAUUUGCUGUCGUAAAUGCGGUCAAGCCUGAGUUCUGCGUUUCUUCUCGAGAAGGAACUAGAAUGAGUCUGUCUCUGACUCCAUCUGUUCAGAACGUUGUAAUGUCCACAGAAUCCAAACCAGAGGCAUUCUGCACCACUUACUCCUCUGCUGUUAUAAAUCCAAAGCUGCUCCUUUUAAAGCCAGAAGAGACUCCUCUCCUGAAGCAUCCACCCUCCCUUCAGGCAAAGGUGUCCCAGCAGCAGAAUGUGGAUGGUGCCCACAUCGCUCUGUCUGGCACAGUGUCUAAGGAGUGCCUUCCCCAACCUGUUUUAGCUGCCGAUUCUCCGUUUGUGUCUACAGCUCUUAGCUUUCACAAAGAUCAGAUGCCGUGCUCUGUGCAUAAAACAUCAACGGCAACAAUUCCUGUCAAAGCUCAGCAGACUUCAUCAGUCCGCCCUACAGCUUCAACCAGCAAAUCAGAGGCCUUAACUUUUACCGAAACGUCAACAAAAGAGACAGAUACCCUUCCGCAGGAUGUCUCGGCACCCCAACCCGUCACACCUCAAACCUUUGUCAUGCUUUCAGCUGCUGAAGAGAGGGACGAAACUGAGACGGCAUCUACCAAUCCCAACGACUCCAACAGCUACCCCGACGAUGCAGAAGACGAGAGCGAGGAUAUGGACCAAGAUCAGGACGAACAAGCAAGUGACAUCCAAGAGGGCGAGUUGGGCCAGGUCAGCAGCGCUGAAGAAGACAGCGAUGAUGAAGCAGACCCUGACAGGAGUGAGAUGACGACUCCCAGCUCUACACACAAGGUGCGCCAGUGGAUCUCAGAUAGAGUCACGGUCAGUUCGUCUCCCUCCUCACCGUCCGCCUCCACUUCCUUCCACUGCCCCUCAUCCACUCCUGAUUGGACGACACCUCAACGGGAGAAGAGCUCGCCUCUCAGGGGUCCCCAUGGCAAGUUUGUUUCUCCUUCCUCUGUGGGCUACAGUUCCUCUUCUUCGCCGCCAGACCAGACCACACCCCAUCGUUCCCGUGGGGAUCGGCACGCUGACAUGGCAGAGCUGGCAAAACAUGAAGCAGACAUUGAACAUCGAACCCAGGCUCUAAAGAAAGAAGGUUUCUGGUCAACGAAGCGUCUCUCCCGUCUGCCGGAGCCGCAGCGGACCAAAGUUCACUGGGAUUACCUGUGUGAGGAGAUGCAGUGGCUCUCUGCUGACUUCGCUCAAGAGAGACGGUGGAAGAGAGGUGUGGCCAGAAAGGUGGUGCGAAUGGUGAUGCGACAUCAUGAGGAGCUCAGGCAAAAGGAAGAGAAAGCCAAGAGAGACGAGCACGCCAAAAUCAGAAGAGUGGCCGCUUCUAUCGCCAAGGAAGUCCGGGCGUUCUGGAGCAACGUUGAGAAGGUGGUACAGUUCAAACAGCAGUCGAGACUGGAGGAAAAGCGCAAGAAGGCUUUGGACCUUCAGCUCGACUUCAUUGUUGGCCAGACUGAGAAAUACUCUGACCUCCUCAGCAAGUCGCUGGCGAGGCCGGUGGACACCGAUGUAUUGCCGCAGAAAUCUCUGCCACCUCCUGUUGACGAAGACGACAGAGACUUUGAGCCUCCCUGUGAAGAGGAGGAUGAUGAAGAGACCAUAGAGGUGGAGGAGCAGCAAGAAGGCAACGAUGCGGCGAGCCAUCAGAGGGAGAUCGAGCUCCUAAAGGAGGAGAGCAUGCUGCCCCUGGACCAGCUUCUCAGCACGCUCAAACUGCCUCCCCCACAGGAAUCUGGCUCAGAGGAAGAAUGCUCAAACGAAUCUUCUUUAUCGGCGGAGGAGGAUGAAGAUGGAGAAUUCACUGCCAAUGAGGAGGACGCUGAGGAUGAAGAAGACACCAUAGCAGCUCAGGAGAAGGUGGAAGGAAACAUCAACCAUGCUGAAGAACUUGAUGACCUAGCGAAAGAAGGCGACAUGAGUCUGGAAGAGCUUCUGGAGAAGUACAAAGGAGCGUACGCUUCUGACUUUGAGGCUCCUUCUGCUUCUGCCUCCAAAGCCAGCUCCGAUUCUGAGGUGUCUGGGGAUGAGGAGGUGGAGAAUGAGGAAGAUGAGAGUGAUGUGGAAAGCAACACGUCAUCCUCGGACUCCCCUAACGACAGUGCAGAUGACGACUCAGAGAAAGAUGUAGAGGAGAGUGCCGAAGAGGAGGAGAAGGAUGAGUUUGGAGAUGAGGGGAUGGAGCUUUUGCUGAAGGAGGGAGACCACAGCCCGCCUUCCUCCAGCUCGCGGCCAAAGAAAGAGAUCAGCCACAUUGCUGCAACGGCGGAGAGCCUGCAGCCUAAAGGCUACACUCUGGCAACAACCAAGGUAAAGACCCCCAUCCCAUUCCUCCUUCAUGGAACACUGCGGGAAUACCAACACAUCGGACUGGACUGGUUGGUCACCAUGUACGAGAAGAAGCUCAAUGGGAUUCUGGCUGAUGAAAUGGGCCUGGGGAAAACCAUUCAAACCAUCGCUCUGUUAGCCCACCUGGCCUGUGAAAAAGGGAACUGGGGUCCCCACCUCAUCAUUGUCCCCACCAGUGUGAUGCUGAACUGGGAGAUGGAGCUAAAGCGCUGGUGUCCAGGGUUUAAGAUCCUCACCUACUUUGGAAGCCAGAAGGAGAGGAAGCUGAAGAGACAGGGCUGGACGAAACCCAAUGCUUUCCACGUCUGCAUCACGUCGUACAAGCUGGUGCUGCAAGAUCACCAGGCCUUCAGGCGAAAGUCCUGGCGCUAUCUGAUCCUCGAUGAGGCUCAGAACAUCAAGAACUUUAAGUCCCAGCGUUGGCAGAGUCUGCUGAACUUCAACAGCCACCGCCGACUGCUGCUGACAGGAACUCCCUUGCAGAACAGCCUGAUGGAGCUCUGGUCGCUCAUGCACUUCCUCAUGCCUCACGUCUUCCAGUCCCACCGGGAGUUCAAGGAGUGGUUCUCCAACCCGCUGACAGGAAUGAUCGAGGGCAGUCAGGAGUACAACGAGGGCCUGGUCAAGAGGCUUCACAAGGUGCUGAGGCCGUUCCUGCUCAGGAGGAUCAAGGCCGACGUCGAGAAGCAGAUGCCGAAAAAAUACGAGCACGUGGUUCGCUGCCGCCUCUCCAAACGGCAGAGGUUUCUCUACGACGACUUCAUGGCACAAGCCUCGACACGGGAAACGCUGGCCAGCGGUCACUUCAUGUCCGUCAUCAACAUCCUCAUGCAGCUCCGCAAAGUGUGCAACCACCCCAACUUGUUUGACCCUCGACCCAUCCAGUCGCCCUUCAUCACGCAGCCCAUUGUCUUCCGUACUGCCUCCCUGGUGCAGGAAGCUUUGGAGAUUUCUCCUCUGAAGCGCUGUGACCUUUCUUCAUUUGAUCUUGUCGGUUUGGAGCACCAUGUCACCCGUUACCAGGCGGACGUCUUCCUGCCGCUCCACAGAGUCAGCCGCCAGCUUAUACAGGAGAUUACAGAGUCCCCUGAACCACCGCCGAGACCCAAACCGGUCCGCAUGAAGGUCAACAGGAUGUUCCAACCACCUCCUAAAGGAGAUAAUCGACCCGUUCUGCUGAUGAACAAACCCACCUGCUCCGUUCCACCUGCAGCCCAGACCCCCAAACCUUCUCCUGUCUCUGAAGCCGCUCCGGCUCCUGCUCCACCUCCUACUCCUGUUGUUCAGCAAGUGGUGUGUUCAGUGGUGCCCACAGCUCCAACUCGCCCUCCGAUUCAUCCCGGUCCUCAAACCGCAGUGAGGUCCAGCGCGCCGAAGUCAAUACUGACCGUACGGCCUCCCGGUGCGCCCAGUGCAGCCAGUAUACCGGCCCAUCCCAGUCCGGCUCCCAGCAGCAUCAUGCCACAGAGGGUUUUACUCAGCCCCGAUAUGCAAGCAAGGUUGCCAUCCGGUGAGGUGGUGAGCAUCGCACAGCUGGCCUCGUUGGCAGGACGACCAGUGUCAUCGAGCCAGGGCAGCAAACCCGUCACCUUCCAGCUUCAAGGCAACAAACUGACUCUGUCUGGAGCGCAGAUCCACCAGGUCCCAGCGGCCGGCCCACGCCCAGUUCAAGGUAACGUGAUGCACCUGGUGUCCAGCGGGGUGCAGCAUCACCUCAUCAGUCAGCCUGCACAGCUCACUGUCCAGACCACAACCGCCACACACGCUGCAAACACACCUGUCGCCAAUCCCGCUGCAAACAAGCUGCCGCACAACGCCUCACCCCAAGUGCCCUCCACCACGGUGAGCAGCCCUGGAGUCGUGAAGAUUGUUGUGCGCCAGGCAGCAGGCAAGGAGGGUGGGCCCGUGCCCACACUGGCAGUUGCCCCUUCCCCACGUCUUGCUCCCCAGGCUCCGCCCCCUUCCCUGCACCCUCACACCAACACCACCCCUGUCCGGAGCACGGCUCUCCUGCAGAUUGCGCCACGCGCCCCCGGGCCCGGUCCCGGCCCCGCUACGGCUCACUACACUAUAGCCCCCCUCAGACCUCCGAGCUCCACCCCAAACCAGCCCCAACCCACCCGGCCAGUCCUCAAGGUAGUGCAGCCGCCCCCCUCCAGCAUAGAGCAGCCAGCUCCAACCGUCGUUGCUGCAUCGUCUUCUGUGGCCAAGCCCUCAGCAGCACCUCGAGACAGCAGCGGCCAACCACCGGUAAAGUCGAAGCCCAGCGGGAGUGCAAAGACCAACCUCCCACGCAGGAGGGCACCCCGCCCACCUCUACGCUCUCCUUUCCAUGUGUCAUGGUUGGCUGACGAGAUGAAACGGCAGCGAGACAGUCGGCUGGACUUCAUCUUCCGAGUCAAUGAGCGCCACUGUGGGGCGACCCCAGUGUUCGGCCAGGAGGUUUUAAACUUUCUGACAUUCCUCCCCGGUCCUCAUCCGUCUCCGGCGGCUCUGAAGGCAGAGGGGGAGUGGAGCCGCUCGGGCCACAGCAGCUGUCUGCUCGCGCAGCAGCAGGACUGCUGGUUCCAGAGCCCUGCGUUAAGAGAAGCCAUCCACACCCCUGAUCAAAGAGUGGAGCUCCUCAGCCAUAUAAUCGACAGGUUUGUGUUUGUGAUCCCUCCUGUGGAGGCUCCUCUCAUCUCCAUGCACUGCUGCCAUCCUCCUCCGUCUCUGAGCCACAAGCAGGCGGUGUUCUCCUCCACGCUGGCGGGUCAGGUCGCUCCAUUAACGCGCAGUCUCCAUCGUAUCCAUUGCAACAUGAGGACUCAGUUUCCUGACCUGAGGCUCAUACAGUACGACUGCGGUAAGCUUCAGACUCUGCACACUCUGCUGCGAAAGCUGAAGACCGGAGGCCACCGAGUGCUGAUCUUCACUCAGAUGACUCGCAUGUUGGACGUCCUUGAGCAGUUCCUCAACUACCACGGACACAUCUACCUCCGUCUGGACGGCAGCACGCGCGUGGAGCAGAGACAGGCCCUCAUGGAGCGCUUCAACGCAGACCGACGCAUUUUCUGCUUCAUUUUGUCAACCCGAAGCGGGGGCGUUGGGGUCAAUCUGACCGGGGCUGAUACUGUGGUUUUCUACGACAGCGACUGGAAUCCCACCAUGGACGCUCAGGCCCAAGACCGCUGCCACAGAAUCGGCCAGACCCGAGACGUCCACAUCUACAGACUAAUCAGUGAGAGAACAGUCGAGGAAAACAUUUUAAAGAAAGCCAACCAGAAGAGGAUGCUGGGAGAUAUGGCAAUCGAGGGAGGAAACUUCACUACUGCCUUCUUCAAAGAGCAAACCAUCAGGGAGCUGUUUGAUGUCAACGAUGGGGAGAAAAGGGAGGUGGCUGUGGAGCUGUCUGUCCCUCAGGCUGAGGAAGAGGAGGGUGUCAACAAACAGAGCACCACCAUCCUGGAACAGGCGCUGUGCCGAGCCGAGGAUGAGGAGGACAUCGUGGCGGCUUCGCAGGCCAAAGCAGAGCAGGUGGCCGAGCUGGCAGAGUUCAACGAGAACAUCCCGCUGGACGACGGAGGGGAACAGGAGGAAGUGGAGGAGCUGUCCAAAGCCGAACAGGAAAUCGCUGCUCUGGUAGAACAGCUCACUCCCAUUGAACGUUACGCCAUGAACUUCCUGGAAGCUUCUUUGGAAGACGUCUGCAAGGAGGAGCUGAAACAAGCAGAGGAGCAGGUGGAAGCUGCCAGGAAGGGUCUGGACCAAGCUAAGGAGGAGGGACUAAUGCUCCACCCUACAUCAGAUGAAGAUGACGAUGACUUCAUGUCAACGCCUGUUUCCACUGAACCCACUCAGCAAGCUCCGGCUCGCCGAGGACGCAAACCUAAGGACAAGACCCUGACCUCCACGCGGACCAGUGGUCGACUUCGCGGAGCUUCGCCUGAAACCGAACCUGAACCGCCGAGAGAAGUGCCUGAAAGACUCCGUAUCGGUCUGAGAGGACGAGGAGCUGCCAAAGACUCCACCCCCGUCAAAACGUCCACAUCCACCAGGGUUCAAGACUCCAAGUCUUUCAAAGGCUCGUCUCCUGCCAGAGAUCACCAGACUGUGAAAACGAGGAUUCAACCCAGCCGUUCCCAUCCCAGUCCAGUGCCUUCCCCUUCUACGAGCUCUCCUCCUGGAGGGAAGCAGCAGGGCGCCGGAGAGUCCGACUCCAAAAGCUCCAAAGCAGCCAGAGAGGAUAAGACAGACGAGAAAGAAAGGAGAAUGUCUGAGUCUUCAUUAGACUCCAGCUUUGGAGCAGAACAUCUGACCAAAGAUGAUGAUGGGCACAUGUCUCCUCCCUCCACGAGCUCCAGAUCGCCUCGCAAGCGCCAGUCGGCAGAUGGCGAGGUGCUCCGGGGCCUGGUGGACGAUUCCCCAUUAGCCAAAGUCCUGCGGAAACUUCCAGGAAGGCUCGUCACGGUGGUGGAGGAGAAGGAGCCGCGAAGGAGAAGAAGGAGAGGAAGCGAAGCUGGAGCCUCUUCGGAGGAGGUGGCAGUGGAGGAGCAUGCCACUGGAUGUACUGACGAGCAAAGCAAGGACAACACAUCCCAGAGCCCCAAUGAAAAGACUAAACUCACUGUGGACAGAUCCCCCCAGGAGACCGACUCCAGCCAAAGUCUGACUGUCCACCCUCAGCCUGUCAGAGGUUACCCUCCCUACUCCCCACUUCACCUUUCUCCUGACAUGCCAGUGCUGCGAAACCUUCCUGUGCGACGCAGACUGGAGACCGAAUCCCGCAUGGCGGCUCAGCUGGGUGAGCAGCAGCAGCUUCAGGGUAGAGGAAGAGGAGCACCCCAGACCAAGAAAUCAGACACAGAGUCCAGCGUCAACUGCCUUGGGACGCCUAGUAAAAGAAAGAGAGGCCGGCCCCCCAAGAUCCCCACUGCUUUACCUGAACCUGAAACCAGAGUGACUUCCUCCCCAAUCGAGGACAAGAGCCCCCCUCUGUCCCCGAAGCGGAAGAGGGGUCGUCCCCGUAAAGACUCCACAGUCAUGUCAGAUUCUGUUUGUGAAGCACAAAGCUCCAGUGUACCACAAACCGACAGCAGAGUCCCCUCAGAUUCCCCAACCACAGCUGUUCCCAACACAGUUAUAACAGUGUCUGAGUCCACCAGAGCCAACAAAACACCAACGGAGACUUCAAAUUCAGCACAGCCCUCUGAUGAAAAUAAAGUUGAAACAUCCAUGUUUGAUUCCACUCCGAUUCAGGUGCCAACCGAACCAGCACCAGUUCCCGCUUCUGCUGCCACAUCAAUUCCAGUUGAGAAUCUCCUCCCAUCAACUCUAGUUUCCGCCCCGGAGGCCACAAGUCCCACCUCACCUCCAUCAGUCUCAGCAGGAUCUCCAACCACUGUUGUUUCUAGAGCUGCUUCAGAACCAACCUCUUCCCCUGUCCCUGUACCUUUGGAACCAACAAAACCGGACUCUUCUAGAUCCCCUUCAGACGAUGCAGCUUCAAACGCUAGCCCUCCACCUGCUGCAACAGUCCAAACACUUCAGCCUUCAUUGGAGCCUGGUAAAACAGAAAGUGUCAUCACAACAGAUGACUUGCACACAACUACAACUGCUGCUCCACAGGAGGACUCUGCUGCACCUCAAGAACCAGCUAUUACCUCGACUCCACAUGGAGGUCAGGAGGUUACGAAGGCGACUUCAGAAACACUUUCAGGUGCAACGCAAAUGCCUCAGGCCAACCAGUCAAACAGCACAACUCCAGAAGAAACCGAGCAAAGAACCUCACCAAACUCAAACAUGUCUGAUGAGACUCCUGCAACAGUUACUCUGUCUGCUGAAGACGAUACUCCGUCACCAAAGACAGAAGAGACUGUAGCCCAGAUCCAGUCAGUUUCCACACCACCACCGACUGAAACGGCUUCAGAGGCUCCGGUAGUGCCAGAACAUGAAAGUUCUACAGAAGCAUCUGCCCAGCCCAACCCUGAAGAAACCUCUGACGCAACGUCUGCUGAGACGAACACAUUUGCAGAAAUGUGUUUACCUUCAACAGAGGAAGUCAGCGCAACGUCUUCUACCACUGCAGCAGAAGCUGAGAGUAUGAUGGGAAUCUCAUCAUCAGAAAGUCCUUCAGAGAUUAGAUCUACAUCAACCUCUACAGCCAUGGAAGCAGUGCAAAUAUCAGCUGCCGCCUCUGAUUCGUCUCCUUCGGUUUCCACUACCCAAACCGCUGCAACCAUUUCCCCAGUGGAAGAACCGUCCGCGUCUACCGAUGCUUCUGAAGAGACUCCCACCAAGACGCCUCUCCAGACGGAUGAAAGCGCUGAGAAAUCAGCUCCAAUAAGGGAAACUAAAGGAGACUGUGAAGUAGAAAUAGUUGCAGAUGCUAUGAAGGAUGAAGCAGAGUCCAGUAAGGAGAAGAGCUGUACGUCACCUCCUAAGAGGAGAAAGGAGGAAACUUCCUCUGACCCAGGAAAGGAAAAAGAAGAACCAGAAGCUGCUCCUUUGAAAGAUAGAGAUGAAAAAGAAGCAGACCAGGAAGCUGCUGAAGAUCAGAAACUUUCCAAGCAGAAGAGAUCCAUCAGCCGUGAGAGCAGCCAGGAAUCAGUGCGCUCCUCUUCUCCAUCGUCUGGGAGCUCUUCAUCGACCCUCACUAGACACGCUCACCACAAGAAGACCUACGAGAACAGACAUCCUGCCAAGAAGAGGCGAACAGACGCAUCUGAGGGAGAGCCUGAGGAGAAGGAGGAAGAUGAGGAAGAGACGAAGAAUGAAGCUGUGACGGCUGCCUCUCACAGGAGACGGUCCGGGUCUUCCUCUUCCUCCUCUGACUCUGACAGCAGUGAGAGCAGGACCCGACUUACCCGAUCUGCCAAGCGCCGCCUGCAGGACGAGGAGAAGGAAGAGGGCAACAAGGAGAGCAAGGACGUGAAAAAUACACACAGCUCUGACAAAAACACAUCAAACAAUGCCACCGCAUCCACUGGGGGGGAGUCGGGAAGUGACACUUCUUCUGUCAGGAUGACCAGGAAGUCCACGGGACCUCAGCCGUCACAGGAUAGCAAAGCACAGACAAACAGCGCCCCCUUGUUGCUGCCCGAGCCGGAGGUUUUAGGGAAGCGUUGUUCGGCCCUGAAUGCGGCUGCCAAGCUUCUAGCCAUGAAAGGCAGAGUGGACACUCCUGGUCACACGCCACGGAAAGAUUCAGCAGCUAAAGCUGCUGCUGCAUCCACUUCCGACAAAAACCAAAAGCCUAAAGUCCCGGCCUCUCCUCAAAAUAACUCUGUAAAUCCGAAUAACAACAAGAGCAAAAGCGGCAAACCUUCAACGCCAGAUCAGGCGAGCCGCACUGCUUCCCGCUCCACCAGGCAGUGUCCCGGUCAGCUGGUUCCGCCGCUGGAGGUGGAGUACAAGAGGCCCAAACCAGAGGAGAAGGACAGUAAGAAGUUGUCCAGAGGGAAGGAAGGCGAAGGCCACAGCGCCUGCAGUAGCAUGAGCAGCGACUGCGAGGGCGACUGCGGCGGGCGGAGCAGCCGGAGCCGCAGCAGCAGCAACAGCAGCCAGCGCACCCGCAGCAUCAGCUCGCAGAACACGGAGCGUAGAGGCUCCCGGGCCGCGUCCUCAGGCAGCGAGCGGGACAGCGACAGGAGAGACAGGCGGAAGGACGGCAGGAAGUCCCAGGAGGUAACGAGCAGCCCGGGAGCAGAGGGGAUGCCGGACAGGGUGCUGCGGAGCGUCGCUGCGCUCGCAGCGGUGCAGGCGCGCUCUCCAGCCGCAAGCACCCGCUCCUCCUCCUCCAAUCAGCAACGCAACAAGACAUGACCAGAGUGCCAAAGAUUUACAAAAAGAGUUAAAAGCAGAAACAAGAGCAUGUCACAAUCUCUAGGGCUGCUGUGCAGGGAGUGCGUGCUGCACGAAGCAGACACCUCCCUGCUUCCCUUUCUGAACCGAGCCGGUCCCCCCUCACUGCCGGGUGGUGCCUGCUGGAGAGGGGGGAGGCGCAGGGAUACUGGACUGACGACAGAGGAGGUGCAGCGGUUUAAUUCACCUCCAGGGACGAAAGGUGCAAGGUUAAACACGUAAAGUACUGUAAUUAUUAAAGACUGGAAGCCAGAGGUGGGACUUUACAGCACCCUCUAUUGGGGGGGGUUUCACAUAGAAAUUAAUUUGUCCAACAUUUGCACCCUGAAGUGACCCGUUUAUUGUAACUUGGAGGUUUGAGAAUAACUGCUUCUGCAACUUCCAUCAACUCUCGUUUCUUUUGAGAAGUUAUGCAUAUUUUUAUGAUUUCUUCCAGGGUGUUAGGAAGAGAGCAGGUCUGUCAGAGCGCUGGAUAACCCCCCAUCCCAUGUUACCCCCACCCAGUCAGUUCUGUUCAUCGAAUUAAUUUGCACAUUAAGAGGAGAUAAUGUGGCUUUUUCAGUACGUUUUGGUGUUUCACAUGAACUGGGUUAAUCGGUCCUUAGUAUCUUGCAGUGUAUCUACAGUUUGAAAAAUGUACUGAUUGAACAGUUAACGCUAAAGUCUUGUAUUUAUACUGAAUUAAGGGGGUAAGUGUUUUUGUGAAGAGUGCCUGUCGGGCCUGAUGGUUUCCCGACCUCAGACCACCUUGUUGAAUCUCCUGACGUGGAUCGCUUCACAUUCUCGUUCCAAAAUAAAAAAACAAACUCAAAAUAUAUGAUCAGCAUCAUCAGCGCUAACAGGUUUCUUCUCACCCCGACAUCUCUUCGUCGCCCUCCGUUCAUGUAAGAGGAAAUAUAUGUGAAUAAAAUGAGCGGUACAGCUCCAGAUGACGGUAAAAUUUAAUUUUGAUAUCUGUUGGGAAAGGGUGAUUCCUGGUGAUGGUCUUACUUUUGGUUCGUCUCUCUAUUUGUUGCAUUCCUUUGAUCCCUUGUUAUUCCACCUUGUUUUACUUGAAGAUUAAGACAUUUGCAGUUGAAUAAAAAGACCAAAAAUUG